AUGUCAGAGAGAGACCUUAAAGAUAAUUCAGUGAUGUUUGAUCCCAAAUUGAUACAAAUAACACAAGACGAUUUAAUAGGAUCUGGUUCCUUUGGGUCCGUGUAUAGAAGUCAAAUUAAGGGCUUAAAUGUAGCAGUGAAAAUAUCGAACUCUUCCAAAUUUUCCGAAGAAGAACAGAGGCAGUUUAUAGAUGAGGCGAGUCUUUUAAAGAAGUGUUGUCACCCAAAUGUCCUUCUCUUUUUGGGAGUGAGCUUUUUAGCUUCAAAACAAGUCGUUUUAGUCACUGAGUUGAUGCAAACGAACUUGUAUUCACUCUUCUUCGACCCCGAUAACAUAGUCUCUCCCACUUUACGUAACUUGAAUAAGACUGUUGAAGUCAAGACAAACUUGUUUAUGCAGUGUUGCAAAGGUAUUCAGUGGUUGCACAAUGGUAUGAACAUAGUCCAUCGUGAUGUUAAACCAGACAAUUUCUUAGUUGAUGAGUUACUUAAUGUCAAAGUCUCCGACUUUGGUUUUGCGCUUGUGCAGAAUCAAAAGGACGAGCACAUAUGUGGUACACCCAUCUACGCGGCGCCAGAAGUUACGUCCAAAAUAGUCUCCAAAAAGUUGGACAUCUUUUCCUUGGCGAUUACUAUGUGGGUGUUGUUCUUCGAAGACAUCCCAUUCAGCACGUAUGCACAAAGUGUCGAUGAUGUCAGAGAUGCUAUUGAAAAGGGUGUCCGUCCACCCCUCCCAAGACAUAUCGCCAAAGACAUCAACAACUACGAUGAGUUCACAACAGGAUAUACUCUCGAUCAAGUCAACAAGAAUUAUGAAGAGGUCUCUAAGACUAUUCCAAUCGAAUUUGAAGAUGUCAUGCAACACGCGUGGGACAGAAAUCCAGAGAAGCGUCCGGACAUCAAUGCGAUGAUUCAGGAAUUAAAGGAAGCCGGAUUGAGAACGGAUUUGGACGAGGAGACGGCGAAGUGGUGGAAGAAGAACUUCUCAAUUGUCGAUUCAAAGAAGAAUGAGGAACUCGAGACGAGUGUUAGUGUCGCCAAACUUAUGAGUAAACUCGAUUCGAAAUUUGGGAAGAAAUUGAAGCCAGUCGAAGAGAAAGUCAUUCCCGUCGUUUCAGAAGACAGUCAAGUUACCGUCAAAUUUUUGGGGCAUUUAGUUAAACUGUUUGGACACUUCUUUAGUGAUAAAGAUGACUUCGCAUCAUUGAUAGAGACGUGCGACGCUAUGUGGUUCUAUAACAGAGUCUCAAAGGAAGAAGCACAAUCACAAUUGGACGGUAGAGUCGACGGAACGUUCUUGGUUCGUAUCUCGACAACAGACCCGAAGUACCCCUUCACUUUGUCAAAAAGAGAUAUGGGAAAGACUGGUCAUGCUAGAAUAGAACGAAUGGAAUUAAAGGGGAAAGUCGUUUUUAAAAUUGUCAGUAAAAAGAAAGAGUUCACUGCACCAACUCUUCCUAAACUUAUUAAAGCUAUUAUGGACGCAAAUGUCGUGACUACUCCUUGCAAUUCUGAGGAAAAAGUCAGCCAGUACUAA